AGGAGAUUUGAAGGACCCAUUCGAACCACUAAUAAACCAGAUAAUAACCUAAAAUGCUGGAUUUGAAGUCUUCAUUCACGUCCACGUCGAUCAAGCCGUUUUACGUGGGGGCUCCGGCCGCCACGGUCUCGCGGGACGGGCUGCUUAUGGCGACUCCAGUGGAGGAAGACAUUGUGAUCACCGACUUGAAUAACAAUGAAAUUUUACAUGAAAUCGAAGGUGAUGGAGAGUUGAUAACCAACAUGGUGCUCACUCCAGACGGCACAAAGCUUGCUGUGUUGUCACAGAGUCAACAAUUGAGGAUUUUCUCGCUGCUUCGGGCCGAUGAAGUGGUUGAGGAAAAACUGUUCAAGAUGUCGUCCCCGGUUUAUAUCUCGACUGCCGACGCCACGUCAUCCUUAUUUGCCUUUGGAGGGUCUGACGGGGUGGUCACAGUAUGGGAUGUGGCCGGUGGAUACGUCACCCACUCGUUGAAGGGCCAUGGGACCACCGUGUGUCUGUUGCUGUUCCAUGGAGAAUUGGGUGGAUCAGACUGGAAGUUGGCGCUGGGUGACACCAUGGGGACAGUUAAAGUGUGGGAUUUGGUGAAGCGCAAGUGUGUGGCCACCAUCAAUGAACACAAUACCGCCGUUAGAGGCGUGGGCUUCAACGUAGACGGCAGUAGGUUCAUGACUGCCGGGAGGGACCAAGUGGUGGUCAUUUACAACGAUCGGUUGAAAGUGGUCAAGACCAUCAGUGUAGGCCACCAGGUCGAAGCCGCUGGGUUCAUGGAGGGUGUAGAUGAAAGCUCAAGCGUUUUCUAUACCGCAGGAAGUGGGAACGUGAUGCAAGUGUGGGAUGCGCAAUCGGGCGAAAAAUUGUGUCAGACAGAAGAGCAAUUGGAGACCAAUGAAGAGUUGGUGAUCACCGAUGUGGUUGAGGUUGAGACUGGGUAUAUGAUGGUUUUGAGUGACCAGACUGUGGUUGAAGUGGAGCGGGAAGUGGUGGAGCGGGAAGAAGAAGAAGAAGAAAGGGAAAAAUUGUCCCUCCCCAUUGUAAGAAGAAUUGCCGGUAACCACGGAACUAUUGCUGAUAUCAAGUACAUAGACGUAGAAGGAGGCUCGGGGAACUUGGUGGCCAUGGCCACAAACUCUCCAGCAUUGAGAAUUGUCGAUUUGGACCGUCCGUUGGAGGUACAACUCUUGGAAGGUCAUAAGGAUUUGCUCAAUGGAGUCGAUGCCACCAGUGAUGGGAAAUGGCUUGCGACUGCCGGGAAGGAUAAUGAGGCCAGAUUAUGGCGAUUCAAUGAAGAUCUGGCCCAAUUCGAAGAGUUCUCGGUGUUUGUUGGACACGCUGGAGCCGUCACUUGUGUGGCACUCCCAAAGACCCCCUUUGAAUCUAUCCCUCCAUUCAUUUUGACUGGAUCUUCAGAUUUAACCAUCAAGAAAUGGAAGGUGAGUCCAGGAACCGUCAAGGUUUCUGAGUACACCCGUAGAGCCCAUGAAAAGGAUAUCAAUGCCAUUGCCUUGGCACCCAACGAUGAGUUCUUUGCCACUGCCUCAUACGACAAAUUGGCCAAAGUAUGGAGCUUGAGUCUGGGGGAAACCGUUGGUGUUCUUAAGGGUCACAAGAGAGGACUCUGGGACGUCAACUUCUGUCAAUAUGACAAGCUUUUGGCCACCUCAAGUGGUGACAAAUCGAUAAAAUUGUGGUCUUUGCAAGAUUUCACCUGUACCAAGACGUUUGAAGGACAUACCAACGCGGUGCAACGGGUACGGUUCAUGAACAAGAACCAACAACUUGUUUCUGCCGGGGCUGACGGGUUGAUCAAGGUGUGGGACAUCAAGUCCAACGAAUGUUUGAACACGUUGGAUGCACAUGACAACCGGAUCUGGGCGUUUGACAUCAAGAACGAUGGAGAUGAGUUUAUUUCCGCCGAUGCUGACGGGAAAUUGAGUCUUUGGCACGAUAACUCCGACGAGGUGGCUGCAGAACGUGAGUUGGCAGCCACUGCCAAGGUUGAACAGGAACAAAAAUUGUCCAAUUACAUCCAUCAACAAGACUGGAGCAAUGCGUUCCUUCUUGCCCUCACGUUGGACCACCCAAUGCGUCUCUACCAUGUGUUCCGGUCGUCUGUAGCACUGAACGAGGACCCGGACUCUGCCGUGGGGCUGUUCAAGCUCGAGAAGACGAUCGCCACGCUCGACGACACCCAGAUCUUGGGGCUUUUCAAGAGAACCAGAGACUGGAACAUCAACCUGAAGCUCUUUGAAGUGGCACAAAAGGUCAUUUCCUCAUUGAUGGGCAUCUUCCCGACCGACAGACUCGUGGAGAUCAAGGGAUUGACGGCGGUGAUCGACGGUAUUGUGGCGUACUCAGAGAGACAUUACAGCCGGAUCGACGGGUUGGUUGAGUCGAGUUACAUGUUGGACUACGCGGUGGAGAAGAUGGCGUAGAGGCACGAGUGGAAAAUUUAAACAGGGUAGUAGAGAUGGUAUAGAAAGAUCUAAUGCAUAUAAUGAAGCACGUACACUGUAGACAA